AAAUGGUACAAUAACUUUCAGUAACCCAUCAGCCAUUAUAUUCCUUUUCCAUUCACACAUACAUAUAUGACCACUUAUAAAUGUACCCUUCUCCCCCAAGUCCUCAGUCCCUUAAAUUCAACUAUUUGUAUCCUAACCCAACCAACUAUGCCUCUGAUGAACAGGCCUCGAGUCGUGAUCGACGGAGUUCGAAGAACACGAACAUACCGUUUCUUCUGGUGCCGUCAUUGUGAUCGAACAGUCAGGACUACAUCAGCUUCUUCCAACCCCCAAAACAAUUUCUCAUGCCCACUUUGUCACCACUUCUUAUACCAAGAAUUCCAUAUUCCAAGGCCAUCUAAUAAUUUCUCAUUUACUAGUACUUCAGCAGGACAAUCUCCCUCUUCUUCAUCAUCAGCUGCUCAGUUACUUGACACAAUGGCUCAGAUCAUCAAUCUACCGCCUCAUCAUCCAACUAUGAGGCCACAACUCCCAUUCAACAGUCCUGCCUCACCGCCCUUACAGACGCCGUCCCUGCAGGAUCAUACAUCAGAUAUCAGGCUGACAGCUGAUAUGUUGUGCACUGACUCAACAUGCUCAAUUUGUAAAGAAGACUUUGUUAUUGAUGAAAAGAUCACAAAGUUGGGUUGCAAUCAUUUCUAUCAUUCUGAUUGCAUUACGCCUUGGCUUCGAAUUAACAAUACUUGCCCUGUAUGUCGUUACCAACUACCAAUACAACAAGGCUUCAAUGAUGACGAGAGUUUCAGUAGUCAUAUCCGAGGUGCAAAUUAUGGGAAUGGUUAUGAUAACGAUGAUGAUUAUGACUUUCGUUUAGAGGAUGUUAUGAACUUGAGCUGGCCAAAUUGGGCUGAGUUGCUCUCGUUGUUACGCCCCUUUCGUUUGAGCUCCUUGCUCGAUUGGUCCUUGUGAGAUUAAUCAUAAUGAUAAAGCCCUGAAUAACACAGUUUAAUCUUGCGUAUACUGUGUUAAUGGAAUUGUAUGAUGAAUCUAAAAUUCCUUGUGUUUAAAUAUUCUGUCCUAUUUUUUGGUACCAAUACUUGUACAUGAGUCACUUAACAUCUAGGUUGGUCUAACUAAAGAUUCUUUUAAUGGAUUUUUCACCAUAUACUCCCGACAAAUGUUUUUAUUAUACCAUCGAUGUUUUCAAA